AUGGAUCCCACAGACGGCCUGCUGCGCUCGCGCCUUCGCGCCUUGCUAGACCAACGCCAACACCCGAAGACCAUUUGCCCUUCGGAGGUUGCCCGCUCUCUAUCCACCCAAGAAUUGGCCGAGCUAGGGGCGAAUGGGUGGCGCGAACUGAUGCCGGCCGUCCGCGGCCUCGUUUUCGACGCGAGGGCUGCAGGCGAGGUCCAGAUCCUGCAGCGCGGCGCAGUCAUCGGCCAAGAUGUGCCAACCGAGAGCAUUAGGGGGCCGAUUCGAGUUCGCAAGCCUCAGAACUCGAAAAGUGACUGA